AUGGAUGAAGUGAACUUGAUUAAUGAGCAAUCUGUUGGAAGUGAAAUAAAUGAAGAUAACUUAGAGAAAAGCGAUUCAUUAAGUGAGAUACAAGCAGUUCCCCAGGAAUUUGAAUGGGAUAAUGUUGGCAUGGAUAUUUUAUCACAGGACAACCGUCCGGAUAAAAGAGGUAGAAAUGAUAGUGAUGAGAAUGAAGACGGUUUCAUAACUGUAACAAGGAAGAAAGCUAAGCGCAUAGCGCGAAAUGAAGUAACUUUAUCAUAUGGGAUCGUCAAACAAGUAGAAACUGAAGUAAAUGAAGCAGAAUUACAACAAAUAUUUCAGUGUGACUUCGAGAUUAUAGCGGCAAAAAGAUUAAAAAGAUUAUCCAAUGAUGGCGGAGACCUGAUCAGCAAGCAAGCUGUCCUCUGCCACCGCGUGCUACGGCUAGCUCGCUCCCUCGCCGGCUCGGCCUUGCAGGGCGUGCGAAUUCCACUGAAGACCUUUAAAAAAAUUGGCGCUGGAUAUUCAACCACCGAGAAACCGCGCGGUUACCGCACGUGUCUCAACAAGGGCUCAUAUUUGGUGCGUUGCCCCCAAGGCGGCGACCUGAUCAGCAAGCAAGCUGUCCUCUGCCAUCGGGUGCUCCGACUCGCUCGCUCCCUCGCCGGCUCGGCCAUGCUGGGCGCGCGCGAGUGGCGCUCGCUGCUGCUUCUGCUGCUGGCGUGCGCAUCCGCGCUGUUGUCGCCGCCCGCGCCGCACCACUCGGCCGCUGAGCAGCUGUGCGAGCGCGUGCUGUGCGUACUCUUCGAAGUGUGGAUACUGGCGUGCCACAGAUGCUUUCCGUCGCCGCCGCUGUGGCGCACUCUGCGAGCGCAGUGCGUGCGCUGGCGGCACCGCGCGGCGCUGACGGAGCAGUGGGCGCGCGCGUCGCUGUGCCUCACGGCGCGCCUGCUGCGCCACAUGUACGGCCCGCUGUUCCCCGCCAUGCCCGUCAGCGAGGAGGACGCGACCCUGAUACCGGCAGACAUGAGCGCGGAAGCGGUGAUGCAGAGCUGGUAUCGCAUGCUGCACACCAUCGGCAACCCUGUGGACCUGUGCCGGCCGCACCUCAUCAGCCAGACGCCCGACUUCCUGCAGUAUUCAAUCACAGCGGAAGAAGGCGCACGCGACCCGAGCCAGCACCCGUGCCUGGCGGCGCUGCCGUCCAUCUUCCACAAGGCCAUGAAGGGCGUGGCCGCGCACGUCGACGCCUUCCUCGGGCGGGGCGACUGCCGGUGGUGGGCGGUGCCAGAAGCGGGCGCGGCGGCCGACGACGAGGACACGCCCCCCGCGCACCGCCGCCUCGCCAAGUCCUUCAGCGUGUCCUCCCGGCCGAGGGAGCCUAAGCCCGAGCGCGGCACCCCGCGUACGUCUCUGAUUGGACUGACAAGCAGCCGGCCGGCAAGCGUUGCGCCCACCACGCCGCCCAACUCCAUUACGUCGCAAGUGUGCGACGCAGAAAAACCCCCAUUGACACCGUUGCGGCCGAAAGUGAAUUCUAUCUUCCACCUGUUUGGGGAGUGGCUGUUUGAGGCGGCGCUCAUCGGGACCACGCCUCCUUACACCAACAACCAACAACGCGCCGACGGCACACCGCCACCGCCGUCGAUGUCUGACGCUACGUACAAACUCAAUAUGAUGAGUUAUCAACCAGGUCGCGCCGAAGCCCUGGGUACGCUUUGCCGCGUGCUAUGCUCGAAGCAGUGUCGCGAAGAAGUAUUAGCCCCAUAUUUGGCCCGAUGCUACGCCGCCAUACACCGGGGUCUGCGAGACCCCGCUACCGCUGCUGCCGUGGUCUUGAACGCGCCCGACAUAUUCAGAUUGGACCUAGACGGCGUAUUAGUUCUUGUGCCAGACUUCAUCUCGGCACUUGAGAAGAUCCUCUGCGAGCGGGAGCCCAAGCUGGAGUGCGGGACCAUAGACAAGCGCGAGCUGCGCAAGGCCGCUAUAAGCGCGCUGUUGUCUCUGGUCGCUUUCCCGCACCAUUAUAAGGGACUGCCGGUGCCUGAGUUCCCUGGGUGUAAUGAGUAUGCUGGCAUGACGCUAGGCGACCUCGUGCGAGGCAAACUGUCUCUGAUCUGCGUCUCAGCUGUCCAAGUGGAGUGGUCCGACGCACUCGCCGUGCCGUUACUAAGUGCGCUAUACCUGUGCGUUCGACACAACGCACAGUCUGGCGGGAGAGCCGCGUCUGCGCCGCCUGGAUCGACGAUGUCGCAGACUACUGAUUAUAAAGCGCGGUCGGAUAGCGGCAGCGCGUCGGGCAGCGCUGAAGGACACUCGUCCCUUGACGACUUCGCGGCCGACGUUAGGGAGCUAGACCCAUCCUCGCCUGUUUUCGGUGCAGCGUUAGUGGUUCGCGCGACGUACCUCGUGUGCCACCGGCUCAUUUCUUCGUGGAAGGGAGACUUGCAGGUCUCGUUGGCUGCCUUGGAACUGCUGUCAGGUCUAGCCAAGCUACACUCCGCUAAACCGGAGGCGGUGGAGCGCAAGCGCGCCGUGCGCUGGAUAUGCGACUACAUCGUGGUGCAGUGCUCGCGGCCGCCGCAGGCGCACUCGCGCGACCUGCACUCGUGCGUCGUGUGCGCCUACGCCUGCCUCGCCGCCUGGCUGUGUCCGGCGCUGCUGGACGCGGCCGACACGCGCGCCACGCUGCUGCAGGUCGUCGAGCUGGGGCUGUCCGGCGCGCGCAGCCAGGGUAAACCUGGCGACCCACCAAAGAUGAAGGACGAAAAGGAGUUGAAACCAGUCUCCAUGAGAGUUCGAGAUGCUGCCGAAUCUUUGCUAAUGCUCAUAUUGGAUCAGGAGGGUGAGAACGAACCAGGUGGUGGUCGCUGGUGCAGACUCGACGAGAGAUGGUUACGAGCGCUUGGUCAUGGAAGACUUCGACACUUCGUGGCGGACGGUGGUUUACUACUGUCGCUGCUGGAGGAACCGCUGGCCAACAGCCAGGAACCGCAGCCUACGUUAGUUGUGAUAAUCCGGUGCGGCUGGGGCCGCUUCGCGUGGUCGCUCAGCAGCCGGGGCGCCGCGCGCUGUGCGGGCCGGGGCGCCGGCGCGGCCUGCGCGCGCCCCGUCGAAAUGCUGCCCGCGCCCCGGCCCCCGCCGCCUGCCUGCCGCCCGCUGCAGCCGCCGCCCCCGUGCGCGCUCGACAGUGCGUUCCCAAGCCUAGAGUCUGUGCUGCGACAGCUGAACGAUCCCGAAGCACCGACGCUGUUCAAACUGCUGGACCAACAGGCCGCUAUAGAGAAACGCGUCACGGAGAGCGAAGAUAAUGUAGUACCUGAAGAAUACGUGCCGCCCGAGCCUGUGACAGAGUUCCAGACUGCGAGGCUGUUCUUGUCACAUUUCGGAUAUUUGAACAUCGGAGGGGAUAAAAAGGGAGGGCCCCCACGUCUAGUAGCCCUAGAUGACACAGCGCCGGGCUUCGAGGCAGCGUUGCGGCGUCUUGAUGCCUGUGGGUCGCGCGCGCCACUAACCGUUCACGUGUUUUGCGCGCGCGCCGGACAGACUACUGCCGCGGCUAUACUGGCUAAUGUGCACAGCUGCGAUACCGUGCCGCCUGGGUUCAUACGCAUGUUGCACGGAUUGGGCACGCCAGUAUACGUGCGCGGGCACGGCGGCUGGUCGGGGCGCGCCAGCACCAGCUACGACGCGCACGCGCCCGCGCAGCCCCGCCCUCCCCCCGACCCGCGCCGCGCGCCUGCCCCCGCUGUCUACGACGCGAGGGAGCAGGUUAUAUACUGGGCAGACUCCACGAACGAGAUAGCGUUUGUGGUGCCUUCAGGGCACGAGCUAGAUGAAGAGAAAAGUGAUACCGACGGCGGCUGCCAAUCUACCAGCAGAAGCUCGGACAAGGCGGCGGGCUCGUGCUGGGACGUGUCCGGCUCAGGCGCGCCGUCGUACGAGCGUUCCGUGUCCGAGUCGGACAAGGCGUCCGCGCCCUUGGACAAGGCGCGCGCGCUGUCGCUUGACUUGGACAAGCAGCCUGCGGCACUCACGGGCAGCGGACGACGUAAUAGAGACUUCACACCAAAGAUCCUCAUCAUUUGGUUGGACGACUUUGAAGACCAUCUCAAUCUACCAAUAGAUGACCUUCUCCGUUACUGUGAGACUGGUCUCCCGUGGCGGCGCCACGAGGCCUACGUUAUGUGUGUGUCGCCUCGUCGCAGCGGAUUGCUACUCGUCCGUGUACCGCCGCCUGCUUCUUCCGCUGGAGUAUUAGCAGAUGGCGCCCAGUUGGCGCCUAGUUUACUGCCCGACUGUCUUAGGAGAGCGGCGUUGGACAGGGCGAGACGAGCUAGGCUGCAGACUGAUUUAUAUCAACCGCCCCACGUGAAACGGCGCCACCUCAUCCAGGAACUAGCGCAGNAGGCGACUUUGGCACUAAGGUAG